UGGCGCCGUGUCCCCUGUGCUGGUGGCAGCGCUGGGAUGGAGGGAUGGAGGGAGGGAUGGAUGGAUGGAUGGCAGGCAGGCAGGCAGCGGGCUGGGUGUUUUGUCCAGUAACCACUCAUCACCUGCCGGCCCACCCCACGGGGUGCUGGUGAGCUCUGGUGCUGCUGGUGAGCUCUGGUGUCUGCCUGGCCUUUAGGGUAGGUUUGGCACAUGGCACCUUGUCGCCACAAUUGUCACUCCCAGGCUUGAGGAGUGGCAACACCCGGUCAUCCAGACCUUCCCUGGUGUAGGACUUGUGCUGCCUGGCUCAGUUGUUCACAGCCAUGUGUGUUUCUGCUGUGGGUUAGCUUUGGAUCAUGUUUUUGGCAGGGCAUGAGGGAGUCUUUUAAGAGCUCCCAGAAGAGAGUCUCAAACACGGUGCACUGUAUGUGCCUGAGAUGGGAACCUGAAAGUUGAAUGUCAUGAUAGAGGUCAUUAGAAAUGCAUGACUUAUUUUUUGUUUUCAUCAACAACAUAGACUCGGGUUUCUGGUAUUGUGGAGCAAUUGGGAACAGUUGAAAAAGCCUAAUUUCAGCAACUUCUUUCGUUUUAUCACGACUUCCUCCAACUCCCAGGUUCUGCCUGUGUUAGCAGUAAUAGCAAGAGUGCAAGGAUCUCACAUCACUUUGCCAGCAUUUAAGAGUUACAACAUCCUUCAUGAGUUACAGACUGUACUUGUGCAUGUGAGAAAGCUGAAACACGGAGGAGUUCUUUGUUUGCUGUUGUGCAGCAAACAGUUGUCAGGUUUGGGAAUGGAACUUUGCACAGUGUUGGUUUUCAAGCUCUUGCUUUAACCACUAAAUGUAUGGUUUCCCACUAGAUAGUUCCUCAGGCAAUACUGUGAACUUGCCUAAAAGCUGACUGGAAGUUUCCACCAGAGAAAGGUUCUCAGUCUCCCAUCAGAUGCUUUUCUCACUCUCUGGUGUCUCUCUGCCUCUCUCUCUGGUGAUACUGUUUUACUCCCAGAAUGAGGAAUGGCUUUACAUCUCUUUUUCUUGCUUUGCAUGAACUCCUCUUUCCCUCCCUCUGGCUACUGCUUCUGGUGGGAUCUAAGGUUCUACUGAGCUUGAAUGAUGAGAGAUGGCUCUGAUGCUUUCCUGGAGCUGGGAGCCCCAAAAACUGCAGCCUGGUUUUAUCACCACAUGUACAUUCUGCUUUCCUAUCUCUUCUCUUGCUGACAACCCCUUUGAUCAUCAGCCCUGCACGCAAACAAGGUUAUCCCCAGUUCAGAUCACAUUAGUGUAGUUCUGCUUCCAUUACUUUUCCCUACGAGCCUGUUCUGUGGGAGUGUGUGUGUGUGUAAGGGGGGCAUUGAACAAUCUAAAAGCUCAAAGUAGUCUUUAUUUCAUAAUGGAAAGGGCCCAAGCCAAGGGAUUCUUUAGCCCCAGUGGUUGUGUAAAGCUUGAUCCUUGUAGUUUCCACAUAGCUAGAACAUUUCCAUGGAAGGUGGGAAAAUCCAUGGUUCUCCAGUGACAUCUUGAUGCACAGAAGAUGCUGAUUUUUGUUAAUUAAGUGCUGUUUUUUAUCAGUGCCUCUGGUAGGGAAGAGGAUGCUCUGUAGUGUCUCAGAGGCCUGAAGGGUUAGGUCUGGGCAUUUUUGUCCCUUGUCCAGGGAGAGUUCAUGGUACAUGUACAUCCAUCCAAUGGUUUGUGUAAGUAAAAGUCAGAUUAAUCAGGGGCUUAGAAAUCUCUAAGAAAAGGCAUUGUCAAAGCAACAUAACUGUGUGUCUGGUAUGUAGAGCUGGAUGAACAAUGAACUGCUGUUGAAAGAAUGAGUGAAUCAGUGCAGGCAACUGUGUGGCAGGAUAGGAGAGAUCAAUGUACAGAAUGGAAGCUGAUAAUAAGAAAACAACUUUAUUUAGUUUUUAUAUUUGGUAGAAGUCGUAUAAUGGUAAACCAAGUAAAGGAAAUUUAAACCCUAAAACUAGGGUUUGAGGAAGAUAAAAAGCCAGGCUCUUGAUUUUAGGAGUUGCUCAGUGCUUGAAUGGUUCCCCACACCUUUCCAAGGGGUCCAGAGUGUUUUUCCUACCUAGUUCAUGAGCUGAGUUUGACACAUGUGCGUGUGUUGAGGGUGGAAGCACAGACAGCUCUGGUGCAGCUCGGGUUUGUACUGAAGGUGCAACCCUGCCCAGGAACUGAAGGAGAACAGUGAUGGCCUAGUGGCACAGCUGGGACACUGAUCCUGUUUUACAGAGGGACUCCUGGAAGUUGGAAAGGAAAGGAAGCACAUCUGUUGGCACAAGAGCAAAGUCUGACCUGUUACUGCCGCUUACGCCAGUGGGAAGCAGCUCCAGCGUGGUUCUGCUGUGGGAUGAAGUGACUGGCGCUGGGUGUGAGUCUCCAGCAAACCCUGCGAGGGGGCGGCCCCCUCCCUCCCUCUGUCCCAAACUCCCACGUGCAGGUGCAGUUUGGCACACUUACCUGCUGCAGGAUAUUUCCCAGUCUGUCUUGAAGGGCAAUUUGUGUGUUAAUUUUACUGUCAGUCAGCACUCACGUGACUUGACUUGUCUGCAGUGUGGACUUGUUUCACCCUGUGACCCCAACCAAAAAAUCAAGACCGAGCUUAAAACACUUUCAGAACACACUGAAGUGGCUGUGGAAGCUCCGAGCUGGUUCACGUCUGCCGAGUGUCCUGAUUGUGUGGUAAAGCCAUGUCAAACACGUGUGUACUUCAAAAUUCCCGUGGUCUCCUCCCCCAGCCAAGCCCAUGCCUGCAAUGAAAGUGACUUCCUGCAGUCUCCCACGCAGCACAUCACCUGUGAGCUCUGCACUGCUCAUUUCCUAUAAACUCGAGAGACUGGAACUGAGCUCUGGAAAAACAAAGUGGAGCUUGGAGCAUGUGGCCUGAGGAUUGCCUUACACAGCCAGGGGUGGUAGCUAAGCAGUGAGCAGGAUGCCCCCAGGCAUUUACUGCCCUACGGAAUUCUGGUCCAAGGGGGAAAACCAAAACAUCCAGGUGGACUUUUUGCUGCCCACAGGCAUAUACUUAAACCUCUCUGUGCCCUGCAAUGCCAGCCUGGGCACCAUCAAGCAGGUGCUGUGGAAGCACGCGCAGUAUGAGCCGCUGUUCCACAUGCUCAGCGACCCCGAGGCCUACGUGUUCACCUGCAUCAACCAGACGGCCGAGCAGCAGGAGCUGGAGGACGAGCAGCGCCGCCUCUGUGACAUCCAGCCCUUCCUGCCCGUCCUGCGCCUCGUGGCUCGCGAGGGAGACAGGGUCAAGAAGGUCAUCAACUCCCAGAUCAGCCUGCUCAUUGGGAAAGGUUUGCACGAGUUUGACUCUGUGCAGGAUCCAGAGGUGAGUGAUUUCCGCACCAAAAUGUGCCAGUUCUGCGAGGAGAAAGCAGCAAAGCGGCAGCAGCUCAGCUGGGCGGCGUGGAUGGAGUACAACUUCCCCCUGCAGCUGGAGCCCAUGGCCAAGGGCCUCGGGACUGGCUCUUUGCAAAUCCCCACCAAGAACAUUUUUGUCAACAUCAAGUUCCAGUCUGGCGGGGAGAGCUUCACGUUCCAGAUCUCCCCCUGGGAGUUCCCCAUCACCUUGAUGAGCUAUGCUAUUAAGAAACAGGCUACUGUGUUCCGCCACGAGACCGUGCAGAAGCCAGAGGACUACACCCUGCAGGUGAACGGGAAAUGUGAAUAUCUCUAUGGGAACUACCCCCUGUACCAGUUCCAGCACAUCCGCAGCUGCCUGCAGCGGGGCCUGACCCCCCACCUGACCAUGGUGCACUCCUCUGCCAUCAUUGCCAUGAGGGACGAGCAGACCAACUGCAUCGCCAGCCCCCCAAAGGCGGCCUCCAAGCCCCCUCCACUCCCCAAGAAAAAGCCGAACUAUGGCUCUCUCUGGUCCUUAGAGCAGCCUUUCUACAUCGAGCUGGUGCAAGGCAGCAAGGUCAAUGCAGAUGAGAGAAUGAAGCUGGUGGUGCAGGCAGGUCUGUUCCAUGGCAAUGAGAUGCUGUGCAAGACAGUGUCGAGCUCGGAGGUGAACGUGUGCUCGGAGCCGGUGUGGAAGCAGCGGCUGGACUUCGACAUCAACAUCUGUGACCUGCCCCGCAUGGCCCGGCUCUGCUUCGCCCUCUAUGCCGUCAUCGAGAAGGCCAAGAAGGCUCGUUCCACCAAGAAGAAGUCCAAGAAAGCUGACUGUCCCAUCGCCUGGGUCAAUGUGAUGCUCUUCGACUACAAGGACCAGCUGAAAACGGGGGAGUGCUGCCUGCACAUGUGGUCCUCCUUCCCAGAUGAGAAAGGGGAACUUCUGAACCCCAUGGGCACAGUGCAGUGCAACCCCAACACUGAGAGUGCAGCAGCCUUGGUCAUCUGCUUCCCCAGCGUGGCAGCACAUCCUGUGUAUUACCCGUCCUUUGAGCAGCUGCUGGAGUUGGGGAGGAAUGGAGAACAACCCCGAGCUGCACCAGAAGAUUCUGAGGAGAAGUUGCAGCUGAAGGAGAUCCUGGAGCGGAGGAGCCACACGGAGCUGUACGAGCACGAGAAGGACCUGGUAUGGAAGAUGAGAUACGACAUCCGUGACCAGUACCCACAGGCUCUGGCCAAGCUGCUCAUCAUCACCAAAUGGAACAAGCAUGAGGAUGUUGCCCAGAUGAUUUCCCUGCUUCAGACCUGGCCAGAGUUGCCUGUCCUGAAUGCCUUGGAGCUGCUGGAUUUCAGCUUUCCUGACCGUUAUGUUGGUUCCUUUGCUAUCAACUCCCUGAAGAAGCUGACGGAUGAUGAUGUGUUCCAGUACCUGCUGCAGCUUGUCCAGGUGCUCAAGUAUGAAUCCUACUUAGACUGUGAAUUAACCAAGUUCCUGCUGGAAAGGGCAUUAUCCAACCGCAAGAUCGGCCACUUCCUCUUCUGGCACCUGAGGUCAGAAAUGCACGUUCCUGCCGUUUCCCUGAGGUUUGGCCUGAUCCUGGAAGCGUACUGCCGGGGCAGCACCCACCACAUGAAGGUGCUGAUGAAGCAGGGAGAAGCACUCAACAAGAUGAAAGCUCUGAAUGACUUUGUGAAAGUGAGUUCUCAGAAGGCCACCAAGCCUCAAACCAAGGAGAUGAUGCACAUGUGCAUGAAGCAGGAAACCUACAGGGAAGCCCUUUCCCACCUCCAGUCCCCCCUGAACCCCAACAUUAUCCUCGCUGAAGUUUGUGUGGAUCAGUGCACCUUCAUGGACUCCAAAAUGAAACCAUUGUGGAUUGUGUUUAAUAAUGAAGAGACAAGUGGAGGUGGAGUGGGUAUCAUUUUUAAAAAUGGAGAUGAUCUGCGCCAGGACAUGCUGACUCUGCAGAUGAUCCAGUUGAUGGACAUCCUGUGGAAGCAGGAGGGCCUGGACCUGAGGAUGACCCCUUAUGGCUGCCUCUCCACAGGAGACAAGACGGGGCUGAUUGAGGUGGUCAUGCAUUCGGACACCAUCGCCAACAUCCAGCUCAACAAGAGCAACAUGGUGGCCACGGCCGCCUUCAACAAGGAUGCGCUGCUCAACUGGCUCAAAUCCAAGAACCCGGGAGAUGCCUUGGACCAAGCCAUCGAGGAGUUCACCCUGUCCUGCGCCGGGUACUGCGUGGCCACCUACGUGCUGGGCAUUGGCGACCGGCACAGCGACAACAUCAUGGUCCGGGAGACAGGGCAGCUGUUCCAUAUUGAUUUUGGUCACUUUUUGGGAAACUUCAAGACUAAAUUUGGUAUUAAUAGAGAACGAGUUCCUUUCAUCUUAACCUACGACUUUGUGCAUGUCAUCCAGCAAGGAAAAACUAACAACAAUGAGAAGUUUGAAAGGUUCAGGGGUUACUGUGAAAGAGCCUACAUGAUCCUGCGGCGCCACGGGCUCCUCUUCCUGCACCUCUUUGCACUGAUGAAAGCUGCUGGGCUGCCAGAGCUCAGCUGCUCCAAAGACAUCCAGUACCUAAAGGACUCCCUGGCCCUUGGGAAAACUGAUGAGGAGGCACUGAAGCACUUCAGACUGAAGUUUAAUGAAGCCCUGCGAGAGAGCUGGAAAACCAAAGUGAACUGGCUGGCACACAACGUAUCCAAAGACAACAGGCAGUAGAGCAGGAGCCUGCACCUGCUCAGGAGAAUGUAACAGCCCCGAGUCCAGCACUGACUGCCAGGUUCCCAAAGACAGAAGAAUGGUCGUGUUGAAGAUCCCCCACCUCGUUCCCAGAGAUCAGACAUUGCUGCAUGACUGAAAAACUGUUGGCCUGUCCUCAGCCACACCACGGUGGCUGCCGUAGAUCUUUGGGGGACAAGGGAGAGACUUGAGGCAAUAAAACUCCUGUGUACAGUAAAGGUAGGUAGAGGUACUGCACCCUUAAGAACUCCUUAAGCUUCAAGUACAUCUUUCAAUGGAAGAGUUGAGGCAGUUGUAACAUCCCUCCAGUGUGCUAAUGUCUGUAUUUCUAUUUUCUUGGAAAUUUAGCUGAACAGAGAUUCCCCUGUGCCUGUAGCCCAUCUUCUAGGUCACCACUGUUACAGCUUAGAGGCAUUAACUUCAGCAUGUGGUCACUCUUCCUGCCCUGUGUCAGUGUCCACCAAGGUGGGUCAGCACACAGCACACUGAAGCUGACUUGGACAAAUGGUUUUACUCUGCCUUGAGACAGGAUAAGGACAUCCCAGCUGUCAUAUUGCUUUCUGUCUGCUCCAGAGGCCAAAGUGUUCUGAAACUGAGCUGGAACUCGGCUAUUGCUGUCUAGAACUGAUGGCACAAGAGCAGCUUUGGAGUGGCCACUGGAUCAGGUACUUACUUUGCUUUCCCAAGUUAGGCUUUAGUUGACUCUCAAGUAAUUCCUGCAUUUCUGCAUUUAUUUUGGUUUCAAACCUGAAAACGCUAAGAUUGCAUUUUCAAAUUAAAGUACUUACUGCUGCUUUUUGUAAAAGAUGUUACGCUGUGAGGUCUGUUCUGGUUUGGAUCGAUCCAUACAAACCCUCUUGCCUCUCAAGCACCUGUUGGUAGAAGCAGCAGUUCUGGCAUGGAAGACACCUCAUUUUGAUUUACUCUAACCCUGGGAGAGCCCCUUUUCCUACACUUCCAGAUGAUACUGUGACUGAAGCACUCAGGCUCUAACAGCUGCUUUGGUACUAGAGAGAAAUACUGCAGGAUUUAGAGCUCUAUGCAGGCUGAUCAGUGAGAAACAGUCCUGUGCCUCUGCUCCAUUUUAGAGAGUAAAUAUUGCUAUUUCCUUGCUUAUUAAACUAAUUUACAGAGCAGAAAGUAUGCAAAAAAAAAAAUCUUGGGCCCUGUGCAAGGUGAGAUGCACUGAAACUACACCCCUGAUCAGGUUCUUGUGGAAGGGAAGACACUACAAUUCCAGAGCUGGAAAAGCAAUUCUCUUGCAGUGCCAGAGCCUGGUGUUCAGGAUGCUGCAGCAGUGGGACCUUGCUCUCCUCAGUCCCUCCCAGGUCUCACAGCAGAAAUGUCAGGCCCUCAACAGCUUUUAGAGCAGUGGCUCCUGUCCUGUCCCUCACUUUGAGAAGUGCAAUAAAUAACACAAAGGUGUAUCAGUGGCAAGAACUGAGCACAGUUUUACAGAGGUUACUUAGUCUGGAAACCUGACUUACCUACAAGCAGUAAAAAUUCAGUGAGUCAUCCUGUGGACCUUCUUCCUUGUACACCCUGGGAGAGCAUCUUGGAUAAAUCUGACAGCUCUGUUGACUCCAAAUUCACAAAGCAACAGCUCACCUGAUGGUUUUCAGUAAGCUGAAUUGUACUAAAGAUUGAAAAAUAAUUUUCAAAAAUAUUCCAUCUCAUUACAAGUGGCUUCUCAUUUUUAUAAAUAUGCUCACAAUGAUAGACCUAUUUCUAUUUAUUUAGAGAUGUUUCUGUCAUUAUUUUUUUUUUAACUCUGUACAAACUGAUUGUGCUUAUUCUGUUGCCUUGAAAAAAGAAGUAUUUUUUUAAGCCAAAUUGUGGUUCUGCAAGAAGAGAAUGUUUACAUGUUUAGCUGUUCAGUUGCUUUAGGUACAUGUUUUGUAAAUAAAAAAUAUUGACAAAUUGUACACAAA